AUGACUUAUUCAGAUGUAGAAGAUGCCCUUGAGAAGGUUUCAAAGAUCUUUCCAUGUGUCUCUGACAAAGACAUGGUUGCAGAUUAUUAUAGGAAGAAGCUAGCAGAUAGGCUUUUUUUUCAUAAAAGUUCAAAUGCUGAUUAUGAAGAAAGCAUGUUAGUUAAGUUGAAGUUUGAGUGUGGACGACGGUUUACAUUUAAAAUGGAGGGAAUGCUUACUGAUUGGGCAUUGACAAUGAAAACCCAAUCAGAUUUUGAGGACUACCUCAGUGAGAAUCCUCUUCAUCCAUGUUCUGGAAUAGAAUUCUCUGUGACAGUUUUGACAUAUGGAUUCUGGCCAAGCUAUAAGUCGCCUGAUUCAAUUGUCCUUCCUAUUGAAAUGGGAAGACAUUUAGAGUCAUUCAAAGAGUUCUAUAGAACAGAAAACAUUCUCUGGGAACAUGCAUUAUUAUUGGAAGAUUUGACCGAGUUGAAUUUGGAAGUUGAAGAUACAGUUGCAUUGCUGAAUUCCCUUGCACGUUCAAAAUAUAAAAUUCUGAGUAAAAUUCAAGAUACACAAUCUGUGAUAGAAACAGAUUGUUUUGAAUUCAAUGCAAAAUUUUCAAGUAAAAAGAAGAAGAUCCGACUUGCAGAACCCACAUCCAAUGUAAACGAAAAUGUUGGAAAGACUGUGUUUCAAGAUAGAAAUCCUUUAAUUGAUGCUUCGAUUUUAAGAAUUAUAAAGAGCAGAGAAACAUUAGCUCAUAAGGAAUUGGUGAUGCAAUGCAUUGAGCAGGUUAAAGACAGGUUCAAGCCAGAUACGAAAGAAGUUGAAAAGAGAAUUGAAAAUCUCAUAGAUAGGGAAUACUUAGAGAGAGAUAAAAGAAAAUCCUCGAAUGUACAAUUACUUGCCUUGACAUUGAUUCGGAGGAGAGGCCAAUUAGAUAUUUCUAAAUUUGAUACUUCGCCACUGAACUGUAAAUUUUGUAGAUUUUAA